GUGCAUACCAUGCCAUAGCUUAAGGCAGAAUUAAUCAUUCAAUUUAAUCAUUAUAUCAUCAUUAUCAGUGGUGAGGCAAUAUUACAUAAAGGACAAAAACCAGUUAGCUGAUGUCAAGAGCAAAUUUGGUUUUUGACAGCCUCAUUACAGAAUGGAGACAAAAAUGCUGGCAUCCUUAGAAAACAUUUCCUUUGGAAUGAAAAUCACCAUUUCACUUCUGGGCCUCCUCAUCUAUCUUGGAUACAGAUUGGCCACGAAAAAUUUCGACUACUGGCAGAAACGAGGUGUAAAAUUCCUGAAGCCAGUGCCCGUUUUUGGCUCGGCCCCGUCGAUUUACAUGAUGAAGGAGCAUUUCUUCCAGUUUUUGCAACGUGCAUAUAGGGAAAAUGAAAACGAACCUUUUGUCGGAUAUUUUUCUGGCACGACACCAAACCUGAUGAUCAUCGACCCCGAACUUAUCAAGCGAAUUUUCGUCAAGGAUUUUUCACAUUUCAUCGACCACUCGUUUAAGGUUUGUGAGGAGGCUGAUCCCUUGCAAGCGUUGAAUCUGUUCAACUUGCAAGGACAGAGGUGGAAAGAAAUGCGAACAAAACUGAUUCCAACUUUCACGUCUGGAAAAAUAAAAGCCAUGUUUCCUCUGAUGCAGGAGUGCACCGAACAGUUUGAUCAACACUUAAACGAAUUGGCUGAUAGCAAAGAAAUUUUUGAGGCAAAAGACAUCGCAGGUCGCCUCUUCACUGAUAUUAUCGGCUCGACUAGUUUUGGAAUAAAAUGCAACUCAAUCAAAAAUCCGGACAAUGAUUUCCGUCGGAUGGUGAAGAAAUUGCUAGGCGCUAAUUUCAUUCAAGUCAUUAAACUAGUGAUCGUCAUGUUUUUACCAGAGAUUGCUAUGAAAUUUAAACUUGGAUUUUUGGACAAGGAAGUGACCGAAUUUUUCAAAAAAUUAACCAAGGACAUGGUUGAAAAGCGAAAAAAGGACGGCAUUGUGAGACGAGACUUUUUGCAACUGCUGAUUGAAUUAAAGGACAAGGGCAGUGUCGCAAUUGAUGAAGACGACGAGGAUAAACACUUGAAUGUUUCGAAUGACAACGCCAGCUCAAAAACUCCGUUCAAAUUUGACGAUCUUGAUUUGGCCGCUCAGACGACUGUUUUCUUCCUGGCUGGUUUUGAAACGUCCUCCACUUUGAUUUGCUUCGCACUGCUUGAAUUGGCAAUGAACCCAGACGUGCAAAGGAAAGCGCAACUGGAAAUCGACGAAUGUCUUGCCCAGAAUGACGGAAAAGUGACUUACGAAGCUCUUCGAGGAAUUACAUACUUGGAGUGGAUACUAAAGGAGACGUUGCGAAAGUAUCCACCUGCUUCAGUGCACGGCCGAGUGUGCACAAAAAAGUAUGUUAUUCCCGAUACGGACGUAACAGUGGAAAAAGGAAUGAUAAUUGCAAUUCCGAACCACGCCCUUCAAAACGACCCAAAAUAUUUUGCGGAUCCUGACAGAUUUGACCCUGAGAGAUUCGGUGACGAAGAACUGAUGAAGAAAAACCAGUACAUUUACACACCCUUUGGAGAGGGACCGCGACAAUGCAUUGGCAAUAGAUUUGCGAUGCUUCAAUCGCAACUUGCGCUUUUCACCUUUCUCCGCAAGUACACAGUGGGAAAGUGCUCGAAAACCAUUUACCCUGUUAACUUUCAUCCAGUACAAUUCACCUUGACAUCCAAAGAUGGAGUUUGGUUGAAACUGGAGAAACGUAAUUGUAAUGACCAAUAAUGAUUGAACUGAUUGAAGUACAUGGGGAAAGAAUAAAUAAUAAACUUAAUAAAGGAAUCACAAUAAAUUAAAAUAUUUAUAACUUGUAU